UUGAGAACUAGAGAUCCAUUUUUAGAGUAUUCUGUAUUUUUAAUAAUUGUAUAUGUUCAAAGCAAUGUACAGACACUAACCAACCACUGCCAACACUAUGAAGUAGACGGGUAAAUAUUAUACCCAUUUUUAAACACAAGGAGACUAAAACAGAUAGUGACUUGUGCAAAGCCACAGAGUGAGUCAAUGGUAUAACCAGAAUUGGAGCCCAGGACUUCCCAACUCCACAUCUUGCUCCUAGAGCAGCUGCAGUUCCCAUUGACUUUACUUGUAGUUGAGUGCUCAGCAACUCUGAAAACAAGGUCCCAUGUCUCAAGUUGGGUACCCAGAAAAUGGGGAAUACAAUGUGAAAAUCUUCAUUUAAGUGACUUACCCACUAUAACAUACGCAAUCUAUGGCAGACAUGUGGAUGGAACCCAUUUCUCCUGGGUGGCAUUCAGUUGCUGUUGAAGGCAAUCCUUUCUCUUUCUGCAGUCCCCUAACUCAUCCUCACUCUCUCCACACCUUGUAGUUCUACAAUGGAUGAAUCAGAUGUCCUACAGACAGCUGCAUUCACUACACAACCCUGAUUCACUCGCUGAACACUUUCCAGGACUUCUAGGUCUCCAGCAUUGACCUCUACCUCUUGAGCUAAAGCAAUACCUGUGCCUCUGCCAACAAAUGUUGUAAUAGAAUCCUUGAACUUCAAGACUGUAUUGCGCUGGGAUUACAUGCGCAUGCCUACAACCCCUCACUUUAUUGUGGAAAUCCAACCUUAUGAGCUAGGGAAAUAUAAGCCAGUCAGCACCUGCAUGAAGAUAAGUAAACAUUAUUGUGACCUCUCUAAUGAAAUAGAAGACCUGAGUCAGUCUCACUGGGCUAGAGUUAAAGCUUUCAUUGGGUUAGAAGAGUCCGAGUACGUUGAGACCAAAGAAUUUGUUCUGCGACGGGAUGGAAAAAUAGGACCACCGACUCUGAAUGUCUCAAUUGAGAGAGACCAAAUCAGGGUUGAGAUUCGCCCCCCACGCGCUGUUCGAAAAUAUAAGGACUUCACGUACAAGGUGUUUCUCUGGUCCAAUGGAGAGCAGCUCGAAGAGCUUGAAGCAGGGCCAUGUAAGAAGCAUCUAUGUAGCAUAUACAUUCCAUUUUUUUCUCAAGAUUCCACCUACUGUGUUUCAGCUCAAGGACGUUCAUCAAUUGUUUCAGAUCGAGGAUUUUCCCAAUCAAAUCAAAGUUGCAUUCAUGUUCCUUUAAAACAGCCACGAGACUUUAAAAAUAUUAUAAUCAGUGUUGCUGUUGUCAUUGGCGUUGGACUGAUUUUGGCCAUGUAUUAUCUUUGCAAGCAACUAAAGAAGAGAAAAAUUGAACUACCCAAGUCUUUGGUCACUGUGAUACGAAAUCUGAACUCGCGCAACGUUUUAGAAACAAAACCAGAAACAAAAUAUAUCUCUGUCAUAACCUCAUCAUCAUCCAAGCCAACGCUCUCAGUGAGUGACGAGGUAAACUUGAUAGACCAAGUAGACCAAGUUAAAGAAAUAGGGACCCCUAAUCCUGAAGACUGCAGUGAAGAAACAGACACUGUCAGCUCCCAGGAGAUAUCAAACAAAACAGAAGAGAUGUCUAUCCAAGAAAGCAUUGCUGAAAUGACCCCUGAUGAUGAAGAAAGCCCAAGAGUGAAAGAGAAUUAUUUUCAUUCUAAUAGUAGCCAAACGGAGUUAAGUAGUAUUCCUUCAGACCCAGAGCCUUCCAACAUGGAGGUGCAAGAGUCCCUUAUCCUAAAGAGCUGCAACAAGUUUUCUGGUUAUGACAAACCUCAUGUAAUAAUGGAUCUCCUCAUAGAUGUUGGUGAAGAGGAGUCUGUGAUUGCAUAUAGGCAUCCUGAUGAAGUGCAUGAGUCAUGAAGAGAAUCAUUUGAAGACUACAGGGAGUUCCUUUUUGUGUGCACAACAUAGACAUUUAGAAGUUUAUGAACAUCUUAGUCCAAAUGGGAUUAUCAGUGUGACUUCUUAGAGCAGACUCUUAAAAUUGAAGGGAACUCAAAUGGAAACUGCAACUAGUGUUGUCUCUGACAGUGCAGAAAAGGGGGAAGUGACUGCAAUAUAUCAGUUCUGCUAUGAAGGUGUGUGUCUCACAUUAAGCCACGAGGUGGUUUGCCUUUGACAUUUUCCUUUAGGCUGUUAAAGAACUAUCUUUAUACGAAAGGAAGGAUUCUGCAGUAUCUUCUAAAUAAAGUCCAUUGAAGAAUCGUCUAUACACCCAUAUCAGUUUGGGAAUUCCUGACUCCAUGGCCAAGGACCAAUUAUAUUGGAGCCUGUUUCUCGAGCUAGAAGUGCUGCAUGGUGGGUCAUAAAUCUGUACAUCUGCACUAAUUGCAAGACAGUAUGCCACCCCUUCAGAAUGCCUACGUUAUACAUUUACACUUAUUGACACAGCUAUUUCGUGUGCUUAUAGCUUUAUCCAUGUUUUGUGUACAGAAGUCAUAUUGUGCAAUCACAUCUUAUGCUCUGAGAAACCUGUAUGUUAGCAUGCUACCUGACCCUAAUUGCAAAAGACUGUUGAACUCUUAGCUGCACUGUUUCUAAAGAAGCAAUACUGUUAAGCAGCAGUUAUUAAAAAUGUUUAGCAUUUUUCCUCUAAA